AUGAAGAGAGAAGUGUUAGUUGUGGAAUGUGAGAUGGAUCGGCAACCUGGAAUCCCUGACUCGGUCGCCACUCGAUCGGACGACAUCGCUUUGGUGGUGUUUGAUUCCGCCGCUCCUCCUCCUCCUCCUCCAAUCCCACCUUCAGGGGACAAGGGAAUUCUGAAACUUGCUUACAAGACAUUAGGAGUUGUUUUUGGAGGGCUUGUGACUUCCCCACUGUAUGUUUAUCCUUCAAUGCGAUUGAAAUCUCCAACUGAAGAUGAUUACUUGGGUAUCUACAGCAUCAUGUUUUGGACUCUCAGUCUAAUUGGGGUCGUCAAGUAUGCUUGCAUAGCUCUCAGAGCCGAUGAUCAAGGUGAAGGUACAAAAUAUUUGAAUGAUUCAUUGUAGUUUUUUAUGUUUAUGCUAAUAGCUAACGUUGUGGUGAGGAUCCCUUUUUGCUUCCAAAAUUUGGCCUUCUAUAUGUUUUGCUUUUAUGUGACAUUAACCAUUUAUCUUGCACUUUGUUGUGAAUUUGACUCAGUUCUUUCUUUGUCAAUAUAGUUUAUCCUUUACUUUCAACUAGUCAGUAGUCUCUUUCAUUUAUAAUUUUCUUUUUUCAUUUUUUAUUAUUUGUCUGUCUUGUUUUA